AUGGCGACUCUGCCAGCCAACUCUCUACUUGCACGGUCCCGCCAACCACGAUCGGGACCGUCAGCCAAGAACUUGAACGCACCCAUCAACGCCUCUAUUUCCAUGAAUCCCGCGCCUACCACCAACGCCUCCCUCUUCUUAACCAACCUUCGCUUGCUGGACUUUCCUUCCUAUUCAGAUUGGCCAGACUUCGAUGCCCAGACUUUUUCUGUGCAGAAAAAGCGCAUCCAUUGCGUAGAAUGGACCCUCUACCAGCUCUUUGUGCUCUGGGACCCGGAAGAGGCGCGGAAUAAGCUUCAACCUUUCUUUCCGCCCCGAGACCACGUACAAUCCUUGAAUUUGCGAGCCGCCCUCCUGCGAAGCCUCGACCAGGCCAAAAAGAAUGGAAUCCUUGGACGAGACGCUGUGGUCCGCAAGACCAUGUUGGAUGAGUGCAAAGGGGAGCGAUUGGAAGAAGUGCUUGCCGUUUUCUCAUCCGCCGUCCUGAAGAAGAUGGUGGCCGAAGUCACAGAAGCCGAGCACGAGUACCCAGCUGUCGCCCAGCAAGUGGCGUUGGAAAACCGGGGUUACAGUGCUGACCGGAUGGAGCUAAUGACUCUUGCGCUUGCUCACAGAGCCUCCAUCGCCAACGCCAUGCGGCGAAAAGACCAGGCCAGGAAAAAAUAUCAUGACCUUGCUGAAAUACUGGACCUGAAGGAGAGACGUAUCACGCGGAGGAAGGCAGAGAUCAGAGCCGCCCAAGGGCUUUCGAGAGUUCGAGACGUACCUGAAAAUAUCAAGUUGGACGCAUGGAGGACGGUGCGAAAUAACUGGGCUGGGAACGAACAAUGGAUGGAGACUCUUCUCUACGGUGACUCCAACGUGCGGAAGGAUGACUUAUUGUCGGUCCCAUUUGACAGGGUCUGGCGGCGCCUGGAGUCAGGUCGACUACCCGAGUUGGAGAAUCACGGUACAGGCCUUUUGGAGCAAUUGGAUGGCCGAGUAAGAACACAGAAAGAGAGGCUUGCGACAUGGCAGGAAUUUGAAGCGAAGAUGUUUGGUGAACGGGCCAGAGACAAUCCGUCCAGUAUGUCACAGCCGUCGCAAGCGAAACGUGGCAUCGACCUUGGAUUCGACACAUACGAGAGCUUACAUCUUGGAAGGAUGGGCCCCAAAAAGCUGGUUGCUAAAAAGAGUACUCCCGUGACAAGGAAUUACUCUGAUCUCUUGGACGACUACAUGACAGAGCUGGCGGAAGUAGGCUCUUCGCCUAUGUUUAAGUUCGCUGAAACCUUGGGCCCGCGGAAUCGUCAACAUGAGAAGCCAGACGGGAUUCUGAGGGAAAGCCUUGGAGAGGAAACCAUUUCGGAACUCAGCGAACUUGAGGACGAUUUGCAUGGUUCACACCCCGCACCUCAGCGUCCGUCGCUGCAGGAGGCUGCGUCGCAUCCCACACAGUUCGAACGUCCGGCCAUCGAUCUUUUUUCCCGGACCAACAGUUCUGCUGACCUAUCAGCUCCGUUGCCUAGCCCAUUGCUACCGCCGCCAGAGUCGCAAGCUGAACUGGCUAUACCUCCGCCAACUCCUCCUCUACCGGACGAUGACAUUACGGAGACAAUCCCCAGCCGUGUUGCCAGCCCACCCCUAGAAGAACGAGAGGAAGCAGACGUUGCGUUCGAAAAGGAAGACAGUUCACCAGAAUUGCCCAAGUCUCCGACACAGGAGCUGGCGGACCAAAUUUUGAAGAACAUGGACGUUGUAUCGCCCUCGCCUGUCAAGCGUUCCAAGCCUCGUCAUACCUUGUCCCUCGCAGAGAGGACGCGGCUGUCAAUGACGCGGUCUUCUCGUAGCGUCAGGUACGACCCAGACGACGAGGAAGACGACACGCUCACCCUGCGACCAUCUUUCACCAGUGCCAAUCGACAAACUGGGGAAGUUACCAUUCACGUAACUGAUGAUGAUGACCUGGUUGCUCGCACACGGAAGAGCAUGGUUGGCUUCGAGGCUUCCCGCCAGAAAGCACAUUUGGAUAGACAAAGAUCACUGAAGAAACCCCGGCCUCGAGCCCGAACCGAAAGCCAGAUCCCCGUAGUUGUGGAGGAGACGAUGGAGUUGGACCCUGACGCAUCCAUACUCGCUGAGGAGCUGAUGGCUGUUGAAGACAUGGAGGCUGUGUUCAGAAGCCGGCCGAGGAUCAAGACAAGCCCGGCCCCCUCCCCUUCAAGAAAACCGCUUGAGGAACCUCUGUAG